AUGUCGGAAUACCAGCGCGCAAAGGCCCGACUAAAUUGGGAGCGCGAGAGCACGCUGAACGCGCGCCAACUACAGCUGCAAGCGCAACAACAACAGCAGCAGCAGCUGCUAGAUGCACCUCCAGACUCCGCUGACCUUCCCGAGCCGGCCGCUACAACCACGGCCAGCACGGUCGACUCCUCGGCUGCGGAAGCUGGGGAGAUGGACACUACAGCGGCCUCGCGAAAGCGGGGACGUGACGAUGACCCUUUGGAAUGCCCGCGCAAGCAGCCAACCGAAGACGCAACAGCAGCAGACACACCCGACGGUUCCCCCUCGACGCGGGACGACGCGGCGUGCGUUGCUGCACCCCCCACUGCUCCCCUACCGUCUGAGACCACCGGCGAUCGCGUGGCUGCUACCCCUGCGGCCCCCUUCAAGAUCGCCGGCGGGAAAAGGCGCCGAGGACAGCGGAAAACACGCUCCAAGCGCCGGCGGAAGCAGCGCGAGUUCGAGCCAUCAACAGCAGUGGCCCCGGCAGCUCCGAGGCCCGCAAACACCACGGUCACCGCGCCGCACCCACCGCCUGCCGAGGAAGACUUCGUGACGGUCGUCUCCAAGGCAGCGCAGCGGAGGGCGAAGGCGCUGGCGGCCGCUGCAAUUGCGACUGAUCCGGCAGUCGCGGGGACUGUUUUGUACCGUCCCUCAGCCCCUGGCGGUACCUUCAAGGCAUCGCCACGCCUGACUCUCGCGGCGGCGUUUGCUACGCGGCCUCAUGUCAUGGCGGUGCGCAUCAACCACUGCCGCAACAUCGUGGCUGCAGACGCAUCGACGCAGCCGUCUUUGUCAGAGCUCCUAACCAUCAAGGAGCUCAACGGCGUUCCCGUCACCGCCAGGGUGCCUGCGGAUCGGCGCACGAGCGUCGGCCUCUUGCACGGCGUUGACGUCGAGCCCUCGGACAAGCAGCUGCUUGAGGGCAUCACAUCGACGGUCGCGGUGGUUGCGGCGACCAGGCAGGGCAGCACGGUGCGGCUGUAG